ACUGUGUCAAGCAGCCAAUCCCUUGCAGUGUUAAAGGACAGUCAGCGUGGUUCCUGCUGCUCCUGGAGCACCCUGUAGGAAUAAUAAAUCCCGUCGUUGGAUAAUCUCCCUCUGCGGUGUGGCCUGCUUGGAUCCCCGGAGAUGAACAGCGUCGGGGAGGCCUGCACGGAGCUGAAGCGCGAGUACGACCAGUGCUUCAACCGCUGGUUCGCGGAGCACUUCCUGAAGGGGGACCGGAGCGGGGACCCGUGCACCGAGACCUUCCGGAAGUACCAGCGUUGUGUGCAGAAGGCCAUCAAGGAGAAGGACAUCCCGAUCGAUGGGGUGGAGUUCAUGGGGCCCAACAAGGACAAACCUGACAGCUGAUGGAGCUGAUGGACGGGUUCUGGUCUGGACCCGAGGCCAUGAGGCCUGCAUGGCAGAGACUGCAGCUGUGAGCUCUGACCUUUGUGUUGGAGCUGAAUUCGCUGCAGCUUUGAACUGCAGUUUAUUCAGAUAUUUUCUUUAGAAUAAGGAAUGAGACGCAGCUUUCUGUCCAGAUCUCUGACACCAACCCUGGACUCGGUUCCAGGAAGGAGUGUUAUCUGACACAAAUAAUGUCUCUGUUACUCAGCUUGAUUUUUUUUUUUUCAUUAAAGACGGAAAAAUCAUAUUUUUCAACUCAAUCAUGCUGCACUUUGUGUUUUCGUUGUUGCAGCCAGACGAUCUCAUUGGGGACAGAUUCUGUCCAACUUAUGUAUAAAUGAGUGAAAUCUGCAUGUGGAAGAUAUGAAUGCAAACCCAUCUUGAUUGACACUUUGUAGAUACAUCUGCUCAGAAGUGACAACAAAAUGAAGCUUUACUUAGAGUUUAACAGGAUGAACUGCAAACAGCUCAGAUGGAAAAUUAAAUGUUUGAGUUUCAAACCAGAGACCAGAACAGCGUCACAAUUGUGGACAGAAUAUUUCUCCUGCCUUUUCCAUCCCAGCAGGUUUAAACUUCUUCUUUAUACACCACUUCAUAUUUUUUUGUUUAUUGUUUUGUUUGUGUGAUUAAAUUUUUCCAAGGAUCUGUUGGAGCUGCUUUAGCACCUCCUGAGAGCCACAAGCUUUCAAUGCUGUAGAUGGUUGUUUUUUUUUUACCACAGAUCAGAAGCUCCAUUGACUCCAUCCUGCUCUGGGAUCAGUUUUCCAGACUGAAAUGUGAAUGUAAAGCUGUGGGAAUGGAAAUGGGUAACUGAUCAGUGGUUUAGGAGCUUCAGCUGGUUGUUGAUAGAAAAAGCAUCAGACUGGAAACAUCAACAGGACUUUCUGGCACCAUCUCUCCUGUUGCUUCACUAAUUUGCAGUACAUUCAGUUUAUCUACUAAGUAAUCUAUUCAUUUAACAGAGACAUGUUAAUAGUGAAAAUGAUUCAUUAUUGCAGCUGUGCUGGUGGAGAAAUGUCAUGCAGGUCUUCUCUCCAUCUAUCCACUCAUCCACCCACUUGAGGACUAGUCCAGGAGGCAAAACCAUCCUUCUCAACACCACUGUGAACUUUAUCCUGUGGGUUUCCAGACCAGAAGGGACUUCUAAUCCGUUCGGCGAGUGCUGGGCUGUCCUCCCUGACCGAUAUGAACAGAACACCUCCACAAGAGACGAGUCAAGGAGGAAUCCUGCCGCCAGCUAACUCCUUUCUAUCUGGAGGAGCAGCAGCUUUCCUCUGAGCUCUUCAACUUAUCUCUGAAGAUGAGCUCAGCAAACCUGCAGAAGAUCAUGUCAGCUGCUUGCCUCCAAUAUCACCUUUCUUUGUUCAUGAUCCGUAUCUCCUUGUACGUAUUUAGGUGAUGCAGAUGGAGCAAUAAACCCAGACCAGAGCAUUUACUUGUUAUUUCUCAACUGGAAAAAGGUGGAAGGCUUCCUCCAGGUUGGAGGUCAGUCUCUGCCUCAGUGGGUGGAGGAGAAGGUGGAUGUGAGAAAUCAGACAAGUUGACAAAGGUGAUACUCCUCUAAAAAGAACCGGCUCCUGCUCACAGAUCAGAAAUGAAUCCAAAAAGUCAUGUUUUAGAUAUUCUUUCAAUAUAUGUUUUACUUUGUUGCACUUUUGUGUUUAAAGAACUUGUAGUUUAUAAAUAAAAUGCCUGAUAUCUUGGUUUUCAGUGAAAA